CUGCUGCGGAGGGCUGCACGCUGGCACUGCACGUGUUCGAGGAGCUCAAGAAAAAAGAAUCACGCAAGCCCCCGGUGACAGUCUCACUCCUUGGCAACCAGGAGCUGGACAAGUGGACCCGAGGUGUGGAAAAGUCGUCGGCGCAGAACCUGGCGAGACGCCUGUCCGAGAUGCCUGCGAACAUGAUGACACCCACACGCUUUGCCAAGGAAGCUGCCGAGGUUCUGGAAAAGAAGGGAGUCAAGGUCGUCGCUAGGGACCGUAAGUGGAUUGAGGAACAGAAGAUGGGCUCCUUCCUGAGUGUCACCAGGGGAUCGGAUGAGCCGCCCGUGUUUCUGGAGAUGCACUACGAGGGGCCAGGACACCUGGCCGGAGGACCGCUGGUGUUUGUCGGCAAGGGAGUAACUUUUGACAGCGGCGGCAUCUCCUGAAGCCAUCAGCCAACAUGGACCGGAUGAAGGCCGACAGACCGUG